AUGACCCCCACCCUCAGGGCCCUGCUCUGCCUCGGUCCCCUCUUCAAGCCCACCCUCAGGGCUGAGCCAGGCCCUCUGAUCCCCUUGGGGAGCCCCGUGACCAUCACCUGUCAGGGGACCCCAGGGGCUGAGGAGUACCAUCUGGAUAAAGAGGGAAGCCCAGCACCAUGGAAAACACAGGAGCCACAGGAGCCUGCGGACAAGGCCAAGUUCUCCAUCACACACAUGACAGAGCAUGAUGCAGGGAGAUAUUGCUGUUACUAUCGCAGCCCUGCUGGCAGGUCAGAGCGCAGUGACCCCCUGGAGCUGGUGGUGACAGGAGCCUACAGCAAACCCAGCCUCUCAGCCCUGCCCAGCCCUGUCGUGACCUCAGGAGGGAACGUGACCCUCCAGUGUGGCUCUGAGCAGGGAUUUGACAGGUUCAUUCUGACUAAGGAAGGAGAUCACAGGCUCUCCUGGACCCUGGACUCGCAGCCACAGCCCAGUGGGUGGUCCCAGGACCUGUUCCCUGUGGGCCCCGUGAACACCAGCCACAGGGGGACCUUCAGAUGCUAUGGCUGUUACAGGAACAGGUCCCAGGUGUGGUCACACCCCAGUGAGUCCCUGGAGCUCCUGGUCUCAGGUGAGGGCCCCUGA